AUGGCAACUGUGCCGGUGCGUGAGAAAGAAACCUUCGCGAAUGGCUACCAACGACUGCAGACCAAAGCAGAGGACGACCAGCCACGCGAUUCGACAGUCGAGGGGGUCGGCAGAGCGGGCGUAGGCGAAGAGGUGCUGUACCGUCCUGUCUCGGGGCAGAGAGAGGAGACUUGUCGGUUGGUCGGUGUGACUCGCGUGGGAACCGGUUCUGAGGCUGUCCGCCGCCACGUCUUGCAAAGUGAAACCGGCUCCUCUUGCCGACGGUUGUCAGGUCUCGAGUUUACGACCUUUCUACCUGGCAACUGGUCACUCUGGACGCAAUUCUCUUCUCGGCUUUGA